AUGUCGUACCCAGAGUCUUCAGUUCCUUCAAAUCGGCAAGAUCCCACCGAUAUUGAUCCACUUUUACCACAAAAGUCGAAUCUGAGUCGGCAAAUUAGAACGCCACAAAUUCCUGAUAAUGGUCAAGCUUUGGCGGAUUUAGAGCUAGCAGCAAAUGACAUUUACGAAGCAGUUCUAGAAAAUGACCAAGAAUAUGACGAGGACGAGCACAAUGAGGAUGUAGUGUGGUUGAGAGAACAGCGGCUUUUGAACAAAAGCAUACACUGGUUGAAAAGACCAAGCGUAUUGAUGGUGUCCACCAUCACAUUCUUAUUGGCUUUUUCUAUUUCAAGUGCUGAGGCAACCAGACAAGUUAUCACAUUGAAACUUGCAUGUAACAGCCUUGGAGCAGAGAAAUGCAACAAGGAUUCUGCCCAAGUUUUAAUGUCUAAUUUGCAAUUGGGCUACACACUUACUGGAGCUAUCAUUAUGCUCAUCUCAUCGGGAAAGAUAGCACCGUUGAGCGAUUUGUAUGGAAGACGUCCAUUUCUUAUAAUGGUGAUUCUUUGCUUUUUGGUGGGGAAGUUACUCAAGUUUUUCUUUAUGUACAACUACAACACCUUACAGUUUUAUUCAAUGAUUGCAAGCGAGGCUGUCAGCAAUAUGGGAGGAGGACUCAUGUCCUUGAUAGCAUUGUGCAAUUGCUACAUAUCAGACGUAGCUGAACCCCAUCAGAGAAUUUAUGCACUAGGCAUUGGUUUUGCCGCCAUGUUUGUUGGAUUGAGUGUUGGACCAUUGGUGGGGAACUUUAUUAUUGCUUUAACAACAAAAUUGUCUCCGCAAGCUGACAUAAGAAAACAAGAAUUUAUUCCAUUGCAAUUUGAAAUUGCAAUUCUAGUUAUGAACCUUUUAAUGACAACCUUUAUCUUACCAGAAUCACGAUCAGAAAAAGCUAAAAAGAAAUCGAGGACCUUAUCGCGUUCUCUGAGUGAAAUCAACCUUAGACAGAUGGAGCGGUCUCCAUGGUAUGAACGAUUGUAUAAUCAACUAAAUUUUUUGAAACCUUUGAAGAUGCUUGCAAUUCCAAAUGAAAUGGUGAAACAAUCCAACAGGCACAAGGUUAGUCGUGAUAGGUUUACAAUUCUUGUGUUGGCGUUCAUAGAUUGUGUCAUGAGUACCAUGGCCAUGUCGUUUGGUGAAAUCUUUAUCUUGUAUGGAAUUUACAAUUACGACUGGGCGCAAAACAGUAUUGGCCACCUACUUGCCAUUAGUUGCUCAAGUAAAGCUGUUGUUUUGAUUCUAUUAUCACCCAUUAUCAAUCACAAGAUUCUUCAGCAUGGACUCAAAUUCAAAGUGUUUAAGACGCAACUUGACAUGGUAGACUUUUCGAUGUGUUUGAUCGGCCUUGUGUGUGAGACAAUAGGCUUUUAUGGCUAUAGCCUUGCUCCGACAACGUCAAUUUUUUUCAUCUUUACGGUGUUCUGUGGAUUUGGUACAUUGAUUGGUCCAUCAAUAAACUCUUCAAUCAUCAAGUUUUACCCAGAGUCAAAGAUUGGAGAACUUUUCGGUGCAUUGGCGUUGGUGAAGAACAUUUUUGCCUUGGUGACCCCCGUAUUUUAUUUGUCCGUGUACAAAUACUCCGUUAGUACUUUACAUCGACCUGGACUCGUUUUCGUUAUCGCCGGUACUGUUUUGCUCAUAUGUACCGUGUUAUUGAUCACCGUUAGAAGAGUAACCCCAUUAGACGAAGAGCCGGUGUUGUCGAGAUCAAACUCGUUUACGUCCUUGCUGCAAGAAGGUUCUACAAGCUUUUCGGAGUUGCAUAGGAAAAGCAGUUCUCUUCACAAACAACGCUCUGGGUCGUUAGGAGGUCUUUCUCGUUAA